AUGAAAUACAUUGCCAAGAAAUGUGGAGUUAGGUUCCAGCCUCCAGCUAUGAUCUUGAUUUAUGAAAAUGAAACCGAAGGAAAGAGCCGCCAGCGUAUCAUGCCUGUCCGAAACUUUUCAAAGUUCUCAGAUUGCACCAGGGCUGCUGAACAGUUAAAGAAUAACCCACGGCACAAGAGUUACCUGGAGCAGGUGCCCCUGAAGCAGCUAGAGAAGCUGUUUGUUUUUUUGAGAGGUUCCUUGCAGGGGCAGAGCUUGGCAGAAACAAUGGAACAGAUUCGACGGGAAACAACCAUCGAUCCUGAGGAAGACCUGAACAAACUGGAUGAUAAGGAGCUCGCCAAAAGGAAGAGCAUCAUGGAUGAGCUUUUCGAGAAAAAUCAGAAGAGAAAGGACGACCCCAGUUUUGUGUAUGAUGUGGAGGUCGAGUUCCCUCAGGAUGAACAGCUGCUGUCCUGCAGCUGGGACACAGCAUCAGUCGAUGACUUCUGAAGCCUACCCUCCAUGUUUCCACAAAGAACAAAGAUCACUUCUAGAAAACUCGGAAACACUAACGAUCUAUAAAACCAGAACACUUCCAUGUGCUACGUAGGCCUAUGAGAAACACAGAAAUACAAGGUGGGAGUCUGCCUUCAAGGCAUUGGCAGUCGAAAGCGAAGGGAACUCAAGAACUUGUAGAAAGAUAUUUUAAUAAUAUUACUCAGGGAAAAGAUAAGAACCAGAUUUUGACAAAGGGGAGGCUUUCCCUCAGUGGAAAGGGGCCCAUGCUUGGCCCUGAAAUGCUACAGAUGUUUUUGUAGAAAUCAAGAUGAAGCCAAGAGGGAAGGGUGUGGUAAAGAGACAAGAAAUAGAAUCUGAGAAAUGGUGAGUAAUUAUAGUUUGACAAGAUUGGAAUUAACCUGUGUUCAUCAGUACUCUAUGUGCAUUAACUCUGGGAUAGACAGGAACACCUGUAAAUGCAAAACGUCUCACAGCUACGAGUGGCGGAAGGCAGGCAGUUCUACUUCACAAUCAGGAAAUAUGUUCUAACGUUACUCUGAAACCCAGAGCCACUUCCUGCGAAAGGCUGGUUUGUACAGUGGGAAGUUUGCCCACAAUGAGUGAUAGGUACUAUGUUCAGACCUGUUUGUGAGUUUAGAUGUACAAAGAUCUCGGCCUCACAAGGCCUCUGUGUGCAGAUGUGUUUAUUCUUACAAGAAUAUUAUCUGAUUGAUAGAAAUCAUAUGUUUUCUACAAGGAAACUAUUAUUCAUUGAAUAAAGCUGUGACUGUAAGUGAUAA